GGGUGGAGUUGUAUGACUCCUCGCGAACGCUCAGCGUGCGAGUUUAUUUCAUAGUUCGUGAAAUCGUAACUCUAUCAGAUUUAUUAUUUAAUUUAAUUAUUCAUAAAAUAUAAAUAGCCUCCGUUGUGAUAUUAUAGUUCUUAGUGGCGAUUAAUUUCUACUUAAAAUUAUGGGGACUAGAAUUAUCAAAAGCGGGUGAAUAGACGUUACGUGGACUUUCAAAUAAUCGGAUUUGGAGUCAUCGGUCAGAUCAACUGUGUCACUAGAUACCCACUUACAAUACACAAGUGCAUUAGUUCAGUCAGUCGGUGAGUGAGCAGUGACUGAUGUGCGGCGAGUAGCGCGCGACGCGAUGGCCAGCAGUGCGCGGCGCGGCGCCGCCUACACCAUCGACAGCAUCCUGGGGCACCGCCGCACGCCCGAUGGUGUGGAUCGCUGCGUGGAAAUGAAGAGCGAGGGCAUCCACUCCGACUCGGAGCACGAGGCGGAGCACGAGCACGAGCACGAGCACGAGCCGAGCGCCGAGCCCGAACGCGCAGAGAUGGACGCGCUGGACGCCAUGGACGCGGGCCGGCCGCGCAAGGUGCGCCGCAGCCGCACCACCUUCACCACGUACCAGCUGCACGAGCUGGAGCGCGCCUUCGAGAAGACGCAGUACCCCGACGUGUUCACGAGGGAGGAGCUCGCCAUGAGGCUCGACCUCAGCGAGGCCAGAGUGCAGGUGUGGUUCCAGAACCGGCGCGCCAAGUGGCGCAAGCGCGAGAAGGCGCUGGGCCGCGAGCACGCGCCCUUCCUGCACCACGACCACGGUGUGGGCGAGUGGCCACCCGGCAUGGGCGUGGGCGUGGGCGUGGGCGGCGUGGGCGUGGGUGCGGGCGAGUGGUGGCUGGGGCUGGGCGCGCCGCUGUGGCACGAGGCGCAGCCCGCCGCCGCUUUCCGUGCGCUGCUGCACAGGUACGUGCUGGCGCUGCCGCCGCCCGCGCCGCCCUCGCCGCCGCCGCGCUCGCCGUCGCCGCGCGCCGAGCCGCCGCUCGCGCCGCGCGCGCCGCACGCGCCGCACGCGCCGCACGCCGACGCGCUGCGCGCGCUGCACGACCGCUACAGCCGCGUGCACACGUAA